AUGGCGAAGGAAUUGGCGGAUAAAGCUAAAGAGGCUUUCUUAGAUGACGAUUUCGAUGUGGCUGUUGACUUAUACUCGAAAGCCAUUGACUUGGACCCCAAUUGCGCCGCCUUCUUCGCCGAUCGUGCUCAGGCCAACAUCAAAAUCGAUAACUUCACUGAAGCUGUUGCAGAUGCGAACAAAGCCAUCGAGUUGGAACCUACACUGGCAAAAGCGUACCUCAGAAAGGGAACUGCAUGUAUGAAGCUAGAAGAGUAUAGUACUGCUAAAGCAGCUCUAGAAAAGGGCGCUUCUGUUGCACCUAAUGAAUCCAAGUUUAAGAAGAUGUUAGAUGAAUGCAAUCUUCGCAUUGCAGAAGAAGAGAAGGAUUUGGCUCAACAGAUUCCACCGACUUUGCCUUCAAGCUCUGCAACGCCACUAGCAACGGCAGCUGAUGUUCCUCCUGUUCCAACUCCUGCUGCACCUGCCAAACCGAUGUUCAGACACGAGUUCUAUCAGAAGCCGGAAGAAGUGGUGGUGACAAUCUUCGCUAAAGGAAUACCAAAGGAGAACGUAACAGUCGAGUUUGGUGACCAGAUUCUGAGUGUUGUGAUUGAUGUUGCUGGAGAGGAAGCUUAUCAUUUCCAGCCAAGAUUGUUCGGGAAGAUAGUUCCAGAGAAGUGCAAAUAUGAAGUAUUGGGAACCAAAGUUGAGAUCCGUCUCGCCAAAGCAGAGAUAAUAACUUGGGCCUCCCUUGAAUACGGCAAAGGGCAAGCUAUUCUGCCUAAACCCAAUCUUGCAUCAGCGGUGGUGUCGCAGAGGCCAGUGUAUCCAUCUUCUAAGCCAGGAAAAGACUGGGACAAGCUGGAAGCUGAAGUGAAGAAACAGGAGAAGGAUGAGAAGCUAGAUGGAGAUGCAGCUAUGAACAAGUUUUUCAGCGAUAUAUACCAGAGUGCUGAUGAGGACAUGAGGCGAGCCAUGAACAAAUCAUUUGCUGAGUCAAACGGGACAGUACUGUCUACAAACUGGAAAGAAGUUGGAACCAAGAAAGUGGAGAGCACUCCACCAGAUGGUAUGGAGCUCAAGAAAUGGGAGUACUGA